GCAGAAGGGCAUCGCCCUGGGAGGAGCUGAUGCGGAGGCUGGUGCUGCUGGCGGCCCCGAUGCUGUUGCUGCUGUUGAAAUGCAUCAGCUGCUGUCGUUGCUGCUGUCCGAGCCGCGCUUCUUCCGCGUUGUGCGUGUAGGUCCUGCAUUAGAGGGAGCAUCUGAGGGAGCAGUGGCAGCGGCUGGAAGCGGUGGUGUGGUGGUGCAGUUGUUGGUGGGGGAGCUGGCGGCGUUGGCGCUGCCGCACCCUGCCGUCGAAGACAUGGACGCGACUGCUGCGGAGGAGCAGCUGGAGGGCGAGGCGACAUUCCUGUUGUCCACUCGAGAAGCCGCGGCAGACCUGCCGGCAGUGGCGGUGACUGCUGCUCCUGCUCCGGACAUACCUGUAGCGGCGGCGGAGGAUGCACAGCUUGUUCCUCCUGAGGCCGCUGCUGCUGUUGAGGCUGCACCCGGCGGCAACAGCGGCGCGCCGGAUGUGUCGGACGGCGGCAGCGGCAGCAGCCCUCCCGCGGAGGGCGACGGCGAGGAGGACGGCGAGGCACAGCUGGCCAUGCUGAUGCGGCUGCUGGCCACCGGGGCACGUCUGGAGGAGGAGCCCCUGCCGGAUAACGCGGCGCAGCUGCGACAGAAGAUAUCGCCGCUGCUGGAGGCCGCUGGCGGCGGUGAGGCUGAUGUAGCGCCGGUACCGGUACCAGUACCAGUGCCGGUACCGGAUCAGGUGGAUGCUGCUGCUGUUGCGCCGUCCGGAGGGCAGCAGCCCGCGGCGACGACUCCGGCACCCCUCAGCUCCUCCGAUGACAGCAGCAGCAGUGGCAGCAGCGAGGCAGUUGCGCUGCGUCAGGGUAACGAAGUCGCGGAGGCAUCUACUACGCCGGAGCCAUCCGCCGCCAGAGCCCCGUCGCCGCGCCAGGUGCCCAUUCCCAUUCCUGUUCCCGUCGUGGAGGACGAGAGCGGGGGUGAGGCGCGUUGCGGUGAUUUGCUUUCGGAGCAGGAGGAAUUGGUAGGGCAGCAGGCGGUUGGAUUGGAGGCCGCAGCUGCGCUGGUUGAAGUGGCGGCUGCUGCUGCGGAGGAGGAGGAGGAGCAGGAUGCCGUUGGAGGUGGGGGAGGAAGUGAGGGUGCUGCUGCUGCGUCGGGGCUUGCGGCCACCGAUGUACCGACCACCGCUGUACAUGCGGAUGCUGGCCUUCUGGCCUGCCAGUCGGAAGGGGCUGAGGGGCAGGGGCAUGUGGACAGGGAGCAUGGUGACGUGGAGGCGACGGAGGGAUCGCACACAUCUGCCUUCGGGGUAGCAGCGCCUGCUGCUGCUGCUGCUGUUGGUGAACUACCGGAGGACGUUGCCACUGCUGCCACUGCUGCUGCACCCUCUGCCGCCACCGCCGCUGCAAUUGGUGCGGAUGCCGCUGCGCCUGCAGCCGGUGGGGAGGACACGGCGACCUGCGGCGGCGCUGCUGCUGGAGACAGUGCUGUCGGACCUGCGGUGGAAGAGGAGGAGGAGCAGGUUCAGUCCUCGUCCUCGUCCUGCGUUGAUAGGCGCGUAGUGGCAGCGAUUAUGGGCGUAAGCGCAUCUGAGGCCGCUGCUGAAGGAGGAGUCCUCCUGCCGGCCGGUGUGGCCGCAGCUCCCGAGGCCGAGGUACAGGAGGCCACGCUGCAUGGCGACGCCGCAACCUCCGCAGCGGCAGCAGCACCGGAGGAGCCGCCCGAAGAGUCAAUCGAAGAGCUGCAAGGACCGCCUGCUCGUCCUCCUCCUCCUCCUCCGCAGCAAGCUGCUGCGAUUGACACGGAGUCUGAGGGAAGCAAGGACGUUAUUGCUGCUGCUGCUGCUGUUGGCGCUGGCGUUGAGGCGUUGUGUCCGCCAGUGCGGCUAACCUCGGCCGUUUCCGGAGGAGAGGAGGAGCACGCACCAGCCUCAGCCACCACCACGCCCGCCGCAUCUCCCGCGCUCCUGAGUACCGUGGCUGAGGCGCCGAACGGAGGCCCCGUUUCGGAGGAGACAGAGGCAACUCCUGCAGCGGCCCAGCUUUGCAAAGAGAGUAACAGCAACACCACCCACAGCUCUAGUACUAGCAGCCUUCCGGCCACAACAGCGACUGUGGCAGCGCCGGUGGCGGCCGCCGGUGCCUCCCCCACCGCCGCACGUCUGCAGCCUGCCGUGGUGCGCUACAUCUCCUCAUUGGAUGUGGAGGGCGGGGUGGCGGAGGAGGUGGCGGCGCUGGGGGUGAUGGUGCAGCACUGCAGGGCCGCUGGGCGGGUGGUGGUGGACUGUGCGGUGGCGGAUCUGGAUGCGGAAGGGCAGCGGGAUCAGGAACGGGAACAGGAGCCGGAACAAGAACAGGAGCAGGAGGGCGGUGUUGCUGCUGCUGCGGAGCUCACAGGAGGAGGGGACGGCGGAGGAGACACGGGCUCGAGUAUGGCAGGAGGGAGCGGUGGAGAUGCUGCGUUGCCGUCUGCCGCAGCAGCAACAGCCGACGCUGAAUCGGGAACGGCCCGGGACCCCAACGGCGUCGUACCUGCGGCGGCCGAGGAGGAGCAGCAGCAGGAGGAGGGUGCUUCUUCCUCGUCAGUCCCGCCGUGCGAUGCCUCUUCCGCCGCUGCUACAGGAAACGCCGGCCGACAACAACGGCGGCGGUCUCCCGUCCUGCUAGCGUUGCUCGCUCCCGCUGCCCAGUGCUGGCCCACCACGCUGUACGUGUUGGGGGUGGCGGGGGUGGCGGGGAGCAGUGCGCUGGUGCGGGCGGCGGUGGAGCUGCUGGCGGCGCCUGCUGAGGGCGGCAGUGCUGCUGCGGCGGCGGUGACAGCGGGUGGCGGCCGGGGUGUGGUUAAGGUGGUGUGGGAUGCGGAACAGGUUCUCCCGGCACUCUCCCCGCUGCUGCCGCCGGGUGGCCGCGUAGGGCCCACGCAGGACCUGCGCAUGCUGCUCGGAUUGGCGACUGCGACGAUGACAACCGUUGGGCCCAUCCCGAAAUCAUCGUCAUCAUCAUUAGCCACCACGCCCUCGGACCGCAUGGACCUCACCACCACCAACAACAACCUCCAGGCUUCUGUGAACCACACCACGUCGCCCUCGCCGCAGCAACCUGCACCCCCACCGCCACCAUCGUCUGCUGCGGCUGCUGCUGCUGCCGCCUGCCCCGAGCCCCUGCCGCUGUUGCAGCCCCCCAGCCGGCCCUGGAGCGGGCUGGUGGCGCUGCAGGAGCGGUUGGCGCAGUUGGGGGUGGCGCAGUGCGACCUGGCAUCGCUGGCGGCGCUGGGCACGGACGCAUGGGUGGUGCACCCGCUGUCCUGCGUGGUGGAGGCCGCGGCUGCUCGGCAGCUGUGUCAGGUGCUGGAGGCGCGGAGGGCGCUACUGUACGGCGACGAAACGCUGCUGGACGCGCUGCUGUGCGGCGUGUGCUGCCGGCUGACGGCCGCUCCGGCAGCAGUACCAGCAGCAGCGGGGUUGCGGACGACGACGGCUGCUGCUGCUGAUGGGGCAGCGUUGCAGGUGUAGGCGGGCGACAAGUCGUUGCUGGUUGUAGUAGGAAGCUCUUUCCGAUCGGACCACAGUCUCUGGCGCGUUGUUGUGAUUGAAGUAGGGAGCUGAUUCCGUUGGGUGUUGUGUUUUAGAGGGCGCAAACGCUGUGUUAAGGAAGUUAGCCGCGAGUCGGAACGUACUGUGAUUGCCGGAAGAUAAAUGCUGUUUGCGUGCCGGCUGGCUUGCUAGGGUGCUAGUCCGUGCGUGCGGAUGGGUUGGAGAACAGCUGGCAGGGGUGUAGGAGGAGGUACCUAGUAGGAGUUGGGGAAGCGGCAUAAGGGGGGGGGCAACAGAUUCCGCUGUGAGUGCGUAGGCAUCUAAGCAUGGGUAGAAGGGUAGCGCUGUUUGCCGGCAGGGCCGCUUUUGCUGUUUAUUUGCACGGGUAUACUGACAUGGUUGGGCGGGAUGUUAAAUUGGUUGUCCGUCGCCGCUCGGCAACCGCUUGUCUCGUAGCUUGUGGGUUACACGUGUCCCGUACGUUGUUCCUGCAGGUUAGGUAGCCUUACUAGCAAGCAUUAGAGAUCACUUGGUGGCAGGCUUUUAGUGGCACAGAGAGAUUAAGAGAACUGUAGUAAGGGGUCAUCGAAGCUGCAGAUGGUUUUUCGCGUCGAGGUGUGUGCCCAGGACCAGUGUCUCCGGUGUUAAGCCUUGUAACAAAUCUCAU